GGCCAUAUGCACAGGAAGCGGGGAAGGCCAUGAAUUGGUUUUGAUGUAAAUCGUAGCUCAUAAUGUGUGUUUCCGCAGGACUGUGAGCUAACCCCAUCGUGGUUGUGAAUUGACAGUUUUGUUUAAUGAAGUUUUUGUAUUUGUAGCACCAUGGGUCCUGUGUCCACUGAGAGGCAGUCUGGUGUGUCUGCCAUGGGUGUAGAGCGGCCAGCCGUGGAGCAGGCCCUGCCAGCGAGGCUGCCCCACAUCGUUCCCCGCACCAUACCCGGUGGUAUGCUGCACGCGGACGCCCGCGGCGCCAUGGACUGGGGCUGGCAGGGGUUGCUGGCCUACGGCUGCAACUACACGGUGGUGGUGGUGGACCCGCUCACCCAGCAGGUGGUGCAGACGCUCGACAAGCACAAGGCGUUCAUCACCAAGGUGAAGUGGCAGCGCUCGCAGCUGGACGCGCGCUUCUCGUACCGCGCUGUGCUGGCCACGGCCGACAGCGCCGGCCACAUCGUCAUCUGGGACGUGCGCGAGGGCUUCUUCACCAUGGUGCUGCAGGACGGUGGCCGGCCCAUCGCCGACAUGAGCUGGGUGUACCACGUGGACGGGUGCGGUCACCUCCUGCUCGCCGCCCACCCGCCGAGCUCGCUGGUCCUCUGGGACACCGACAGCGGCAACAAGAUCUGGAAGAAGACCUUCACCGAGCAGAUCGUCAGCUUCGACUUCGACCCCUUCGACCCCAGGAAGCUGGCCUUGUUGUGUCCCAACGCGCUGCUGUUCGUGGACGACUUCACGGUGGGCAAGUGUCCGGCCGGCAGCGGCAGCAAAUUCUACCUGUCGUCCAUCAGAGGCUCGCCCGGCUCCUCCACACCGGUGACUCCAACGUACGAAGAGAAGUCCACCCGUGACAAGCUGAAGAAGAAGGUUCUGGAUCUCGUGACGGGCGACCUUCCCGGACCGGAGGAGACGGGCGCCAGUCUUCAGGACUGCCUGCAGAUGUGCUACCACCGCGCGCGACGUCACCUGCUGCUGCUGCUGUACGGCCGCGAGCUGCUGCUGCUGGACCUGCAGCUGCUGCAGGCCGUGGCCACCGUACCGGCUGACAAAUCCGGCUCGCCCUUCACGCAGGUGCUGUCGUGCUGCCGCUCGGACGCACUGUUCACGGUCUGCGAGAGCGGCGCGGCCACGCUGCGCGCAGCCGAGCUGGCGGUGCACGGCUGCCCGGUGCGCGGCAUCGAGUGGUGCAGCCUCACGGCUCUGCUGUCGUUCGCGCGGCCGGCCGCCGGCCCGCUGCGCAACGAGCUGCUCUUCACCGACCUGCGCACGGGCCAGUCGGUGGCGCCGCGCCAGGAGCGCGCCGACACGCAGCCCAUCGCCGCCGUGCGCGUGUCGCAUCUGAAGCAGUACUUCAUCGUGACGUUCGGCGAGCAGCCGACUGAACUGUGGGACCUGGCUUCGCUCACGCCGCUGCGCACGCUGCCGGGCAAGUUCCCGCCGCUGACGGCGCUCGAAUGGUCGCCCGUGCACAGCGUGCGGCGCCGCGCGCAGUCCGGCGCCGACGCCGACGCCGACGCCGACGCCGAGCCGGCCGACCGGCCGCAGGUCAAGGAGCACUUCGUGUUCACGGACCCGGCCGGCCAGAUGUACCACUUCUCCGUGGAGGGGAGCCAGGUGCGCGACGGCACGCGCAUUCCGGCCGACCCCGGCGUCAGCACCGUGGUCGGCAUCGCCUGGAAGGGUGACCAGCUGAUACUCGGCGACAUCGAGGGGCAACUGUGCAUUUGGGACCUGUCCUCGAAGCUUGCGCAUACGGUGGCGACACAUCGCGGCGCCGUCAAGAAGCUGAAGUUCGCCCCAGGUCGCGGCAAUAUGAAGCUUCUUGUCCUCUUUGCGGAUGGUGUCGAUAUAUGGGAUACCAGAACUGACCAGCGGAUAUCGCAGCUGCGCUCGCCCCGUGACGUCAUCCGCAUACUGGACUGCGAUUGGGCGGCCUCGGACAAGCCCGUGCUGUUGACGGCCGACAACUGCGUGCGUGUGUUCGACCUGAACAUGAGCACCUCCAGCAGCCCGACGGACAUGUACCAGAACAAAGCGGCCGUCUGCCACCCGUGCCUGAUGAGCCUGGGCUCGGUCUCUGCGCUGGAGCAGUACCUGUUCAGCGCCAGCGACGGACCCUACACCGGCGACGACCAAGGUGUACGUGACUUCCUGCUGACGCUGCCGGCCGGCCUGCUCGCCUGGCUGGCGGACGAGCGCAGCCCGCCGGCCGAGCGCGGCCUCGUGGCCGCCCAGCUGCUCGGCAACGAGUCCUCGUCCCGUCUGUGGCGCGUGGCCUGCCACUACCUGAGCCGGCACGCAGGCAGCCAGGAUGAUGAGAAGCAGCCGUAUAUUGGACUGGACUUUGACCUGCUCUGCGACUCAGAGACGUACAAGGCGCAUGCGCAGGAGCGGCUGGCGGUACGGCUGGCGCACCUGCCGUCCGCCUCCGAUGACGCCACGCGCCAGAUGAUUCUGCUGGGCCAGACGGAGCGAGCGGCGCAGGCGCUGCUGGAGACGGAGCCGUCCGACCCCAGUUUCUACACUAACUGUCUCAAGGCGUGCGUGCUGGCCUCUGGGUCGCUGGGCUCCGACGGCGGCGGCGUCGCGAAGCUGGUAGCGACCAGCCUGAUCGCGGCGGGACACGUGUAUAAAGGGGUGGAGAUCCUGUGCGUGAUCGGCCAGACGCUGGACGGCUGCCGGUACCUGCAGUCGUCGGGCCUCUGGGAGGAGGCCGUGGUGCUGGCGCGCUGCUCCUUGCCGCCCGGCCAGGCCGCCCAGGUCAUCGGCAAGCACGCCGACCACCUGAUCGCCAUCGGACGAGAGCGGGAGGCGGUGCUGUUUCUGCUGUCGACCGGCCACUUCCGCCGGGCGGCGGAGCUCGUGCGGCGCCGCGACAACGCCCUGCACGCCGUACUGGAGAGCGUCGCCGACCGCUGACACUCGCGCGCCGAUGGAAGAUCAGUCGCGAGUUCGUGGCGCGCCGGACUGCGUCAUGUCGUCCCUUUAUCUCCGACUGCGCGUGCGCUGGUGUACGCAGUCAAAGCUGGAGAUCACUAGACGGCUGUGGGUGUGUUGCGAUCGCCUUCUGAAAUUCGUGCACCGCGGUAAGCGUAGCAUGGUCGGCGCGCGGGGUGAUACAAUGGCAUAUUAAGUGUGUGUCUGUUGGCCGUCUGUGAUCGAUGACGAAGUGCUCUGGGACGUACGGACUUGUAUUUUCUUAUCUUAGUGUUAGGAUUAUGUUGUUUGAUCUUUUGCAUUGCCAUGUCGGGUUUUGCAAGGUGAAUGGUUAUUCGGUUGUGUUUCAGAAUUCGCGUGGUGUGUGUUAUGGACCAAAUGAUAGCAUAUGACGGUUUUAGAUUGCACAGAUAGUCGAUAAGACCUGUAAAUUAGCAAACCGCAGAUCAGGAGGACCUGGAAAUAUAUAUUUGAUUAGUUACUGCCCCUGUUUAGUUUAAGGAUGUGCAAAUCAAUGAAGUUGGAAGUGAUUGGGGAUGGUAUACUUGAACAUAAUCCGUCUGUUUAGGUAUACUAUACGAAAAUUACGAACCGCAGAUCAGGAAGGAUUGAGAACGGUGUCGAUGACCAGACAUGUGCCAAGACUCCCAGAAACCCAAGAUCGGAUCCCUAAGAUCUGAAUCUGGGGUCUGCUGGGACCCGGGAUCUUUUCUGGAUGUUGGGCUCUGGGCGAUCCGGGCAC